AAAUAUUGGAAACAGUUCGUUCGUAACAGCAAAAUUUAGCCGACUUACUAUUAAAUUCCCCUUUUUCUUAGCCUCUAAGCGUCGUCCCAUAGUCUCUACUUUCUCCAAUUAUUUAUUCAAUCAUGGCAUUGAGAACUUCAAGUUUGUGGAAAAAUAUGGCCACUCGACUGAGAGGAAAUUCUACUUUUGCGACAUCUACUACUCCUAAAUUGAGGUCAUACGCCCAUACUGCUUAUGUCAAUCAUCCAGAUGCUAAGCCAAGGAGAAUGAAGUUGGAGUAUUGUCCGGUGUAUGUGGCACUAGGAAUGAUAGCGCUUCAAAUAUUUUUAGGGUUAGAAACAAUUGUGCACCAGCUGAGGCGAUCACCUAAUGUGUGUAAAUUCGCCCCUGUGUGUGUGAAGAAAUCAAGGAGAGAAAUUGUAGCGGAGGUGGAUGAGCCUGACCUUGUGCUGGAAGAAGCCGAUAAGUUCCUAAAGAAAUCAUGGUUCAGACAUAUAGCUCAUGUUCAGGAUUUUGAUGAUCAAUCUGUUAUGCAUGAUCCCAUGCGUGGGGAUGUUCUCGCCAGGAAGCCUCGAGCUGUGACAUUGAAAUCCGUGGGAGUUGAUCCAAACCCACACGCACACUGAGGUUUGCUCAAUUUGGAUGUGAUCGUUGGUCUUA